GCAAUGUGUGAAUAUAUGUCGGGUAGACGUGGAGCACGGAGAAAUCGAUUGGGUGCGCAAUACUUUGAUGAGUUUCGUACGCAUUUCUGGGAGAGGCCUGAAGAUGAAUUCGAUAGAAUCCGUACUAUCAAUACCUCAAACCGUAGACGAAAUAGAAAUAUGAGAAAUAUAACACCAGCACCAUCUAUUGAGGAAGUUUCAUCAAUGCUAAAUAGGAGUCGCCGUGAAUCUCCCACUGGUCAAAGAGAUCGAUCCUGA